CGCCCGGCCUUUGGGGACUGCGUUGCUUUUUGAUGGCGGCAUCCGCCGCUGGGUGAGCGGCCUGAGACUGUGCAGAGCUCCUGCGGCCCGGAGACGAUCGCUUUCUCCCGCUGUCGCCGCCACCGGAUUGGGACGGUGCUUUUCCCUCUUCAACCUCUCCACGCUCGAAGGGAGAAGAAGAUGCCACUGCCAUUCGGAUUGAAACUAAAACGCACCCGGCGCUACACGGUGUCCAGCAAGAGCUGCCUGGUUGCCCGGAUCCAGCUGCUCAAUAACGAGUUUGUGGAGUUCACGCUGUCCGUGGAGAGCACUGGCCAGGAGAGCCUGGAGGCUGUGGCCCAAAGACUGGAGCUGCGGGAGAUCACUUACUUCAGCCUCUGGUACCACAACAAGCAAAAUCAGCGCCGUUGGGUAGAUUUGGAAAAGCCUCUCAAGAAGCAGCUGGAUAAAUACGCAUUGGAACCUACCGUCUAUUUCGGAGUGGUGUUCUACGUGCCUUCAGUUUCACAGCUGCAGCAAGAGAUUACCAGGUAUCAGUAUUAUCUGCAGCUGAAGAAAGAUAUCUUGGAAGGAAACAUUCCUUGUACAUUAGAACAAGCAAUUCAGCUAGCCGGCUUAGCUGUUCAAGCCGAUUUCGGUGACUUUGAUCAGUAUGAAUCCCAGGACUUUCUUCAGAAAUUUGCCUUGUUUCCUGUGGGGUGGUUACAAGAUGAGAAAGUAUUGGAGGAAGCAACCCAGAAAGUGGCCUUGCUGCAUCAGAAAUACAGAAGGCUCACGGCGCCCGAUGCUGAAAUGCUGUACAUGCAGGAGGUAGAGAGGAUGGACGGCUACGGAGAAGAGAGCUACCCGGCGAAGGAUAGCCAAGGCAGUGACAUAUCCAUUGGAGCAUGUCUCGAAGGCAUCUUUGUGAAGCACAAGAAUGGAAGGCCUCCUGUGAUAUUUAGGUGGCAUGAUAUUGCUCACAUGUCGCACAAUAAGUCCUUUUUUGCAUUAGAGCUGGCCAGUAAAGAGGAGACCAUCCAGUUUCAAACUGAAGACAUGGAAACCGCGAAGUACGUGUGGAGACUCUGUGUCGCACGACACAAGUUCUACCGACUCCAUCAGCGCAGCCUGUGAGUACGUCCUGGUCAUGGGCCCGUAGAACGUAAUGAGGUUAGACAUUUUCAUCUUGAGCUGUAUCCUGUCAUCUAGAAAGAAAGGCUUUGUGGAAAAUAACAAUUGUAGGGGCAGCUGGGUGGCU